UUCUGAAAACACGUGGAGAUUGUUUGCUACUAGUGAAGUAGUGUCUUAUGAAGGAAUAUUGUCAGUGUUGUGUAACAAGAAGUUGUCUUUUUCAGUGUUGUCCUUCUCCACCACCUUUGUGUUUCAGUUCACAUGAUUGGACUUUGUACCUUUUACCCGAUAGUAACUGUGCAGCCAUCUUGUUUGCAAACUAGAGGCAGGAACUGGAACGAUUCUGUGCUGCAAGAAUCAUCAGUAUGAAGGGCAGGUUUGUCUUCUAGUUUGUGUACAGAGUUCUGGCAUUCAAUUAAGCAAGGAAGAAGAUGAGACUGCUUUUAUUUUUAAUAUUUUUCCAAUAUGCCAUGAACAAUGUCAAAACACACAGUGCUUCAAAUCCUAACAUUAUUUUAAUGAUGGCUGAUGAUCUUGGUAUUGGAGACCUGGGUUGUUACGGGAACAGAACGUUAAGAACCCCUAAUAUCGACAGGUUAGCAGAGGAAGGAGUGACACUUACUCAGCAUAUAGCAGCAUCCCCACUUUGUACUCCAAGCAGGGCAGCUUUCCUGACUGGGCGAUAUCCUAUCAGAUCAGGAAUGGCUGCUUUCUCAAGAGUUGGUGUCUUCUUAUUUUCUGCCUCUUCUGGGGGACUUCCUUCUGAAGAAAUAACUUUUUCCAAACUCUUGAAGCAGAGAGGUUACACUACGGCUCUAAUAGGAAAGUGGCAUCUUGGAAUGAACUGUGAGAGCAGUAAUGACUUCUGUCACCACCCCCUCAGUCAUGGAUUUGAUUAUUUUUAUGGGCUUACUGUGACCAAUUUUAGAGACUGCAAGCCUGGCCAAGGCAGCGUAUUUUUAAAAGGGAUUCAGAAAUCCCUUUUCAUCCCAAUCCAAAUUGCUGGAAUCACCCUGGUUUCUUUGGCAGUAGUACAGUACAUCGGUCUCCUCAAAAUUCCUUUCCAAGCAUUGGGUUGCUGCUUGUUACUAGCUGCUAUUUCACUUGCUGGUUUGAUUUUUUUCUUUUAUCAUUUUCGACACUUGAACUGCUUCUUAAUGAGGGACCAUGAGAUUAUCCAGCAACCACUGUCCUAUGAGAACCUCACUGAAAGACUGACAAAGGAAGCAGUGCAAUUUAUGGAAAGGAACACUGAUGAACCAUUUCUUCUUGUCCUGUCUUAUCUUCAUGUCCAUACUGCUUUGUAUGCUUCAAAAAAUUUCAGAGGAAAGAGCAAGCAUGGUUUAUAUGGGGAUGCAGUGGAGGAAAUGGACUGGAGUGUAGGACAGGUGCUGGAUGCACUAGAGGAAUACAAUCUGAGUCAUAAAACACUUGUAUACUUUACAUCUGACCAAGGGGCUCAUGUUGAAGAAAUCUCCAGUUCUGGAGAAGUCCAUGGAGGACAUAAUGGCAUAUAUAAAGGUGGAAAAUCAAUGAAUUGGGAAGGAGGUAUUCGUGUGCCAGGGCUUCUCCGUUGGUCUGGAGUAAUACAGGCUGGUGCUUAUAUUGAUGAGCCAACAAGUAACAUGGAUAUAUUUCCUACCGUAGUUAAAGUUGCUGAGGCACAGUUACCCUCUGACAGAAUUAUUGAUGGACAUGAUCUGAUGCCGUUACUUCAAGGAAAAGUUACCCGAUCCAAGCAUGAAUUUAUCUUCCAUUACUGUAAUGCAUAUUUAAAUGCAGUGCGCUGGCAUCCAGUAAACAGUGAGUCUGUAUGGAAAGUCUUCUUCUUCACUCCAAACUUCAGUCCUGAAGACUCCAAUGGCUGCUACGAUUCUCAUGUGUGCUUCUGCCAUGAUGGAUUCAUUACUUGGCAUGAUCCUCCACUACUCUUUGAUCUCUCCAGAGACCCUGAGGAAAAAGUCCCACUGACUCCUCAAACAGAAAGCAGUUUCUAUGAAAUCCUCAGGGUCAUACAUCUAGCAGUAGACAACCACACCAGAACUCUGCAUGCUGUCCCUGACCAGCUGUCAUGGGACAACCUUAUCUGGAAGCCAUGGCUCCAGCUGUGCUGCUCCUCCCUCUUUCAGUCUUGCUACUGUGACUAUGACUCAGAAUGGAACCUGCUGGAGGUGCAUUCAGGAUAAACAGGCUGCAAUUCCCUUUCAGAAACUGGAACAAGAGAGUGUGAGUAGCUGACUUGAACGAUGCAGUCACUAGCCUUCAGGUUUUGCUGUGUAGGAAGACCUGUCUUCAAAUGCAUCAUUGCAGUGGAAGAGAAUUUCAGUCAAGAAAAUGUGCCAAGAGGAGGGCAAGAGAUACCUUUUCUGUUUUUAUAAUACAAGAAUCAAUAUGAAACACAUGUUGCCAUCUUCAUCUACGAAUGGGUAACCGGCUGUCGACAUUUUUUAGAUAAGAUUAUUUUUUUCUUACACAGUAAGGGACUUACCUCUAGUUUCUGUCAAUUAUACUAAAUGCAUACUUCCCUGUCCUUUUUUCUAAGUGCUAUCUACCAUUUGUAGGAUGUAGCACUGAAUAAUUAAAAUAGAUAAUAAUAAAGAGGUUCACCUGUGACUGUAAUUUGGUAACUGGUAGGUAAAGGACAGACCUGCUGCAGUAUGUCUAGGAACAAGCAUCAUGGAUAUGAACUACUAAACGAGUUACCAACAAUUUAAUAUUGCAUGUACCAUAAAAAAUGUAGAGAACUAUGUAGUGAAUGUUAUGUUUCCAUAUACAUAUGUAAAAUAUAGAAACCUAAAUCUGAACCCUCAUAAACCCCACAAAUCCUUCAGCCCCUGGUACAGACAUCCUUAUGGUCAUAGCCCAGUAUGCAUCAUAAAUAUUUAAAACUGCUCUUCUUUUGCCAUUGUUUAAACUUUUUGAAUAGGAUCUUUCAUUUUAUGAGAAGAAACUCAGGCUUGAGCACCUUAAACCAAAUAUAACUCUCUCCUGAGUUCUUAGCAAGGCCUUGGAAAAUCUACAGUACUUCGGGUCUAAUUUUUGUGUCCAUUUUAAUCUGCAUCUUAUCCAGACACAUUUUCUUUCCACUCUAUAGGCAAUUAAACUAUAUUCUUUGGUAGACUGUACCAGAGGAGAACAUAUCAGAAAAAUAAUAAGAUGAUUUUCUGCCUGAUAAUAGAAGAUGACUUGCUCCUUAUCAGAAAUGACUAGUUAAUUCCAUUAUUAUAAUGUAUUAAUGUCUGUUUGCUGCAAAAGUGAUCUGUGACAAUAGUAAUGCAAUAGCUUCAUCCAGCCAGCAUUAAGGUUGUGCCCUGGUUCUUGGGAGCUAUUGAACUUGUCCUGCAAAAAUGUAUUGUGAUAUAUGAUAUAUUUCUCUGUCUGUAAAUCCUAGACUUAAUCUUAAUUUUUUCUGCUGCAGUUUCAUUCAAAAUUUCAUUUACUAUAAUAUCCAGAUGCCUGUCCUGGGAAAUGUUGUACUCUUUCCUAGAAGUCCUAUUUUUAUACAUGUUGCACCUUGUAUUUGAGAUUGUAUACUCAAGUAUGUGCUCUGCAAGCUCUCCAUAGGGAGCAAAGUCCUGUGUAUGCUGUUAAAAUUUGUUCAGUUAUUUCCCUGAUAACCACCCAGGAUUGUUUAUGUUGUAACUGAAAAGCUAUCAGAUGGCCAUUCAUGUGGCAUAAUUCCCUCUUUGCUUUGUUUCAUCACUUCAUGUACUAUAUAAUCGUAGGAAGAAAGAUGCCUGCAGUUUGAAUGCAAGUAGUUUUCUGCAAUGACAGUGGCUGCCAUUUGACAUUAUGGCAGGAUCCAUAUAUCCCAAAUUUUUGGCCCUCACUAUGUGGCCCAAGAACCCCCUGGGGCAUGGCGCUGGUGUCUGUGUGCCUGCUACUGCAGUGGGUGGGCAGCUCAAACUGUAGCCAGGUGCCUGACACUGAGCAUCCCCCAGCUCUCGUAGCUCUGAUGCAGCUUACUCAAUACUUUUUGCACAAAUAUUUCUGCUGAAGCAUUCGAGAGAACAUUCACAUCUACUUCUUUCCAUCAGAAAGAUGCUAUGUUGCUAUUAUUUCUUUUCUUUCUACAGAUAGAAGAAUUGUUUGUUCUGUUAGGCACAACAGCUGUUCUGUGCUGCCUGGCUGAGGUAUUCUAAUGUUAAUUUUUCUAUGGUUCUAUUUUCUUCUCUCCUGAAUAUGACCUUUCUGUCAUACCCUCUAUCUUUCUAAUCUAUGUUUGUAAAACAUCCUCACCUCUCAAAUACUUCUCCACCUAUUUCUUUUUACCACUCAAAACUUUCAUUUUCUUGUCAUAUUGAUCACAAUGGCUAUUUUGCCUUCAUCAAUCAGAAAAGGAAAAAUGAUCUUUGUGGAAAGAUCUGACUUCUAUGGCCUCUUGACUCUGCUAAUCUCUAAGGUCUAGCAAGGAUUUACUUUGCAUUAUGAAACCUAAGUAAUUAAAGCACACCCAAGACAGCCCAAAUAAUAAAAGUUAUUCCUUGUUUGUGGCACAAGCCUCACACUUUUCAAAAUAUAAUUUAGUACGACAUUUAAUAUUUUUGCAUAAGCCCUAAAAUCUGAAAUGUAUUUUCACAACUGUUCCUUCAAGAAAGAUUCUUUUAGGAACAGAGCAAUGUUUUCCAUACUCUGUGUUAAUGCUGUUUGAUUUAAUGCCUAAAAUAAACCUUCCCUAUAUUGCAAUUGUAUUAUACCUUUCAGUACUGCAUCUCCUGUUGUGGAGAUGGCAUAUCAGAUCCUGGUAAUUAAUUAUUAGCAAAAUAAAAUGAGGAGCAUAAUAUACCAUUUUUGUCAUGUCACAGCCUGAUCUAACAAGGAUAAGUUUUGUUUUUCACAACAGGUUAUUGAUGGGAUAUAUGUAAUUCACAAUUUAUUUACAAGGAAGGCUUAAGGAGAAUGUGCUGCUCUGGUAAUUUUAGACUGACUUUCAAUCCACCAUUUAACAAGCACUGGUAUUGUAACAUGGUGCGCAUUUGUAUAAUAUGUCAUUUUAAACCAGGAGUUCAGCUUCAGAUGGAAAUGUAUUCUUCUAUAGUAUUAUUUAACAAUCACAGCUUCACAGAAUACUAGAGGUUGUCAGGGACCUCCAGAGAUCAUUGAAUUCAACCACCCUGCCAACUAGGGCAGGCCUCACAGGAAUACAUCCAGAUGGGUUUUGAAAGUCUCAAGAGAAGGAAACAUCACAACCUCUUUGGGCAGCCUGUUUGUCACAGAAUCCCUAUAUGGCCCAGAGCAAGUCACUUAACUCUUCUCAGUUCU